UAUUGAGUUAUCAUCAUAUUUUGUUUGAAAAAACAGCUCGCACAGUUGAUGAAAAAAAAACCGCACCCAGCAAGGAUGAAGAUCGCGUGAGUAGUUUCCAUCAGAUCCGCAUAAGCGAAAGGAGCAUCGUGUUCCUUUAUCUCUCUCUCUCUCUCUAAAACCCUAAAUCCACCCAACGAAGGAAGGGAAACCAAACCCCAAUGACUAAUUAAUUAAUUAAUUAAUCUCAAUCUCACUUUCCUCCGAUCAACCAUGGCCAUGGAGUCCGAACUCAAAGACCUCAAUUCCAAGCCCCCCAACGGCCACACCGUCACCGACCACCGUCCUCUGCUCAAGUCCGACUCCACCGUCUCCUCCUCCGCCGACACCAUCGCCGAGAUGGAGAAGAAGUUCGCCGCCUACGUCCGCCGCGACGUCUACGGCACCAUGGGGCGCGGCGAGUUGCCGCCCAAGGAGAAGCUCCUUCUCGGUUUCGCUCUGGUUACUCUUCUCCCCAUAAGAGUUGUUCUGGCCUUCACAGUCUUGCUCCUCUAUUACUUAAUUUGUAGGCUUUGCACUCUCUUCUCUUCGCCCAAUCGCGACGAGGAGCAGGAAGAUUACGCUCACAUGAGUGGUUGGAGGAGAACCGUUAUUGUUUCAUGUGGACGCGCCCUCUCCAGAGUCAUGCUCUUCGUUUUCGGCUUUUAUUGGAUUUCGGAGUCCAACUUCCCCUCUCAGUCUCAGGAAGACAAGGAUCAACCUGAAGAGUUGGGGAGACCUGGAGUAAUAAUAUCUAAUCAUGUGUCAUACUUGGAUAUUUUGUAUCACAUGUCAUCAUCAUUCCCAAGUUUUGUUGCCAAGAGAUCAGUGGCUAAACUUCCUCUUGUUGGUCUCAUCAGCAAGUGCCUUGGUUGUGUAUAUGUUCAGCGGGAAUCAAAGUCAUCAGACUUCAAGGGUGUUUCAGCUGUUGUCACUGAUAGAAUCCGAGAAGCUCAUCAGAACAAAUCUGCUCCAUUAAUGAUGUUAUUUCCAGAAGGUACAACGACAAAUGGAGAGUACCUCCUUCCAUUCAAGACUGGUGGUUUUUUGGCAAAGGCACCAGUACAUCCUGUGAUUUUAAGAUAUCAUUACCAGAGAUUUAGUCCCGCUUGGGAUUCCAUAUCUGGGGUACGCCAUGUGAUAUUUCUCCUCUGUCAGUUUGUGAAUUAUAUGGAGGUGAUUCGAUUACCUGUUUAUCAUCCUUCACAGCAGGAGAUGGAUGAUCCCAAACUAUUUGCUAAUAACGUUAGAAGGUUGAUGGCUACUGAGGGUAACUUGAUACUUUCUGAUAUUGGGCUAGCUGAAAAACGAAUAUAUCAUGCCGCUCUCAAUGGUAAUAAUAGCCUGCCUAGUGUUUUGCAUCAGAAAGACGAAUGAUAAUUUCAUGGCCCCAGUCUCAAAUGAAAUGUAGUUCCAGUCGAGUUUUUAUUUCAAACUUAGUAUCUGCUUUUGAAUGGACAGAUUGAGUGAGGGGUGUUUAUAAUAGCUAAAUAGUAUACAUUCACCUAACAUUGUUUAUGAAAUGUAUUUGUGUAAUUUUCUUGUAAAUAACGUGACCAAUAAUAUGUUUUAAUUGCUGGAGAACUCCAUUGAGGCUCACAAUUCAAUAUUAAAAACUGUUAUCGUUCGUUCC